GAUAAAUCACCUGAAUCAGGCAAAAGAGCAUCGCGAAGAACAAACCUCAAUCAUCAUCAUCUCAUAAUCCUCAAUCAAAACUCUCUCUCUCUCUCUCGCAGGGACUUACGUACAGUUCAUAAGCGCUCAAAUAUUCACAACAACAGGCUCUUCUUCCUCAACUCUUUCUUCAUAUUUUGUUUCUUUAGUCUAACUCUUUGUCUUGCAGGCUUUGAUUCUUUGUUUUAGUUUCAACAAUUUUUUUUGUAGGGUGUUGUACUUUCUCUCUCACUGUUUCUUUAUUGUCUAUUUCUCUCUCUCUCUAUAUAUUUUUUGUUGUUGGUUGUGUUAGAGUUAUGGAUGCAGGGUCUGUGAAUUCUUCUCCUUCUUCUUCUUCUUCUACAAGUAGAUACUUGAAGUCGCAGUCUCGGUUCCCUCUUCAGGAACAAUUUCUUCAGAGGAAGAAGCCCAGAGAAAACUUGGAUAGGUUUAUUCCAAACCGAUCAGCAAUGGAUUUUGAUUACGCCCACUAUAUGCUGACAGAAGGGAGGAAAGGCAAAGAGAUUCCACCUGCAAGCUCGCCCUCCAGAGAGGCCUACAGGAAGCAUUUGGCAGAGACCUUCAACAUGAACAGGACUAGAAUUCUUGCUUUCAAGGACAAACCCCCCGCUUCAGUCGAGUUGUUCCCGCCCCAUUUCUUCUCUUCCGCACCCCAGGAUAAGUCUGCCAAGCCCCGGCGACACAUUCCUCAGACUUCUGAGAGAACAUUAGAUGCCCCUGACAUAGUGGAUGAUUACUAUCUCAAUUUACUGGAUUGGGGGAGCAGCAAUGUUCUUGCAAUUGCUCUUGGAAAUACAGUUUAUCUCUGGGAUGGUUCAAAUGGCUCUACUUCAGAACUUGUCACUAUUGAUGAUGAAGAUGGCCCUGUCACAAGUGUUAACUGGGCUCCUGAUGGCCAGCACAUUGCCAUUGGCUUGAACAAUUCUGAAGUACAGUUGUGGGAUUCAACAGCUAAUCGACAGCUAAGAACUUUGAGAGGUGGCCACAGAUUGAGAGUUGGAUCACUGGCAUGGAACAAUCACAUCCUUACCACCGGAGGAAUGGAUGGUCUGAUCAUUAACAAUGAUAUAAGAGUUAGAUCACAUAUUGUCGAAACCUAUAGAGGUCACGAGCAAGAGGUUUGCGGGCUUAAAUGGUCACCCUCAGGCCGGCAAUUGGCAAGUGGAGGCAAUGAUAAUCGCCUAUUCAUAUGGGACAGAUCAAUGGCAUCUUCAAAUGCAGCGACGCAGUGGCUUCACAGACUUGAAGAGCACACAUCUGCAGUGAAAGCUCUUGCUUGGUGUCCUUUCCAGAGCAAUUUGCUAGCCUCUGGUGGAGGUGGAGAUGAUAGGAGCAUAAAGUUUUGGAAUACUCAUACUGGUGCAUGCUUGAAUUCUGUGGACACUGGCUCUCAGGUGUGUGCUUUAUUGUGGAACAAGAAUGAGAGAGAGCUGCUUAGCUCUCACGGGUUUUCUCAGAACCAGCUCACUCUUUGGAAAUACCCAUCCAUGGUGAAGAUGGCAGAGCUCACUGGUCAUACUUCAAGAGUUCUUUUCAUGGCUCAGGUAUUAUAUGAACUCAACAUGAAAAUUUUUAUCUUUCUUCACUGGUCAUACUUCAAGAGUUCUUUUCAUGGCUCAGAGCCCAGAUGGUUGCACAGUGGCAACGGCAGCAGCAGAUGAAACACUUAAAUUUUGGAAUGUCUUUGGGGCCCCGCAAGUGGCAAGACCUGCUCCAAAAGCAAAUCCUGAGCCCUUUUCCCAUGUAACUCGUAUCAGAUAGAUGUAAAUAAAAGCUCCAGAUAUCAAAAUUGUUGUCUCUGCAAACGCUAAUUGGAUAUUCCCUGUGGGCAAAGCUGCAGCCGAGAGAAUUGCAAGGCAAAGAGAUGCAACAUCAGAUGAUUCAGAGGACUCUGGAAUCGACAGCUAAUGUAUUGUCUCUCUGCAAACUCUGAUUGGAUAUAUGCCAUAUGCAUACAUCAGUUAUUUUGGCUGAUAAGGGGAGCAGCUGCAGCCAAGAAUAUUGCAAGGCCCCGGCCAGCUGAGUGGUUCUAAGGUGCAAAGCAGUGCACUUAAAGUUCACUCUAGUAGACUUAUGAGUGAUAAAUAUGCUUAUAACUAGUAAGCACACAGCAGUGUGCUUUGAGUCUGUAUAAACUGCCUUUAUACUGGGGCCAGUUUGGUAGUGGUGUUUAAAAUAAUGCGAAAACUGUUGUAUAGAAUUAACUUUAAUUGGACCAGAAAAUAUUGUAGCACAAGUAUUUAUAUUUUGAAUUAACAACAAAAGAGAUACAUGCAUGA